AUGGCUCCUCUGCCCCCCAAAACCGCCGCGAGACACCGCGCCGUCCUCCUCGCGCUCUUCGCCACCCUCGUCGUCUCCUCCGCCCUCGUCACCUACUUCAUGCUGCUGCCUUUUUCGCAGUUCGCCGCGCAGCCCGGCAGCCAGGCAGGCUAUCUCCGCGACGCGCCGGGCUCUACCGAAACCAAGCUGUUCCGGCUGGACGUGACCGGGCGGGACUUGGUGGUGUGA